GGAAGGUCCUGGAAGACAUGGGGAGAGUCCUGGGCGAUGUGGGAAGGUCUUGGGGGCUUUGGGGAAGGUCCUGGAAUUAGUAUGAAGGUCCUGGGGGGCAUGGGGAAGGUCCUGGGGGGCAUGGGGAGGGUCCUGGGCCAUGUGGGGAAGGUCCUGGCGGCUGCACGGAAGGUCUUGGGGGCUGUAGGAAGGUGAUGGGAGUAGUGGAAAGGUCCUCAGGGCCAUGGGGAAGGUUGGGGGGGAGUGAGGGAGAUCCUGGGGGAUGUGAGGAAGGUCUGGGGGGCUGUGGGGAGGACAUGGGGGCCGUAGGGAGGGUCGUGGAGGCUGUGGGGAGGUCCUGGAGGACACAGGGAGGGUCCUGGAGGCUGUGGGAAGGUCCUGGGAGUGCUGGAAACAGUUCUGGGGACUGUGCAGAGGGGAUGGGAGCUGUGGACAGGACGAGGGCCUUGGGAAAGGAGCUGGAGGCCCCUGGGAAAGGAAUCUGGUGGACAGACCUCACCUCAGCCAUGGCCACACGUCUCAGAUCGGCUGGCAGGAGGUGCACUGUGAUCGGGGGCUCGGGGUUCCUGGGGCGGCACAUGGUGGAGCAGCUCCUGGCCAGGGGUUACUCCGUCAACGUCUUCGACAUCCAGCAGAGCUUCGAGAGCGACGGAGUGAAGUUCUUCCUGGGAGACCUCUGUGACAAGGAGGCUCUGCUCCCAGCUUUGCAAGGCGUGGCCGUGGCCUUUCACUGUGCAUCCCCAGCACCUUCCAGUGACAACAGGGAGCUGUUUUACAAGGUGAAUUUUAUGGGAACCAAAGCAGUCAUUGAGGCCUGCAAAGAAGCUGGAGUGCAGGAAGUGCUCAGUGCCAACGACCCAGCCAACAAUUUCCUCACCGUUGCCAUUCGGCCCCACGGAAUAUUCGGUCCCAGAGACCCUCAGCUGGUUCCCAUCCUCAUCCAGGCAGCCAAGAGGGGCAAAAUGAAGUUCAUCAUUGGGGAUGGAAAGAACCUGGUGGACUUCACCUACGUGGAAAACGUGGUCCAUGGGCACAUCCUGGCUGCGGAAAAGCUGCAGACAGGCUCUCCCCUGUGUGGGAAGGCCUUUCACAUCACCAACGAUGAGCCAGUUCCCUUCUGGGCGUUCAUGUCCCGCAUCUUGACCGGCUUGGACUACGACCCUCCCAAGUACCACAUCCCCUACUGGCUGGCCUAUUACCUGGCCCUGCUGCUGGCCCUGCUGCUGGGGCUGCUCAGGCCCCUGGUGACCAUCAAGGCCACCUUCACCCCCAUGAGGGUGGCCCUGGCUGGGACAUUCCACUACUACAGCUGCGAGAGGGCCAAGAGGGACAUGGGGUACAGGCCUGUGGUGGGGCUGGAGGAGGCCAUAGCCAGGACCCUGCAGAGCUACCCCCACCUGCGCCGGGCCAGGGCCUGAGCAGCCCUGCAGGGACCCCUUCCAGCUUGAUUUUCCAUGAUUGCUGUGAUGUCUUGCCGUGGGCACUGAAGGAAAUGUCACCAAGUCCCAGGAAGGGGGAGUUUUCCCCCCCCCACCGAGUUCCUCCUCGCCGUUACCUGGGCUGAAAAACCCUCACAUAGGAGCUGUUCUAACAGUCCUUUGAGGUGACUUCUUGUUUUGAGCCAGCUGCUGAGCUCUCUGGACUGCGAAGAAACACUCUGCUGUGCCCUCUUCAGUCCCGAGGCAGCCCAUCAGCAUUCCUCCUCUCCUCUCUCCACCCUCGUCCCCAUGUUUUGUUGCUGUGGUGACAUCAGCCACCUCCUCUCAGAGCUGAGGAACCAAACCCUUCUCGUGGCUGGUCCCCUCUGGGCUUUGGCUUUGCUCUAGACAGGAGAAGCUCAUGGCAAAAAGCAGUUGUGCCACCAGCUCUGGAAUCAUUGCAGCUCAUUUUGUUUUCUCUCCGUGAUUAGUAGGUGAUUUGGCUUCUUCCUGAAGGAAACCUGAGGAAAGGCCUCUCUUUGUUUCUUUGGCCCUGCAGGAGCCUAUUUCUGUUCCAAGAAGAACUCAAAUAAAUCACAAAGAGAUGAGUUCCUAGUUUUCUGUGCCAUCCCUUUGUGACCAUCUCAGCACAACUUGGAUUUGAACGAUUCCCUUCGUGGGGGGAGAGCUCUUUGCUGUGGACUCUUCCCAUAACUCAUUUCCCACAAGAACUACAGUAGCUGGAUGAUCCUGCAGCACACAAAGCUCAUCUUCUCUGACCUCUUAUUGCUGGUCAUGGUGAUUUCUGUUGCUUUGACCACUUAGUCCAUGAAAAAACCUCUUCUCCACAUGGAAUAUAAUGCAAUGAUCCCCAAGCUAUUUUGUUUGACAUGUGUAUUAAGAGUCCUCUACCCUAUAAUCUUCCUAAGUGCUCCAGUUCUGGUAUGCUCUUAAAUGAAGGGUUUAGGGUAGAGUUGGAAUUUCCCUCCAUGCUGAUUCCUGACUCCUGGGAGUUUUGGUGUUUCAAAUUUCAGAAUUAUGGGAAGUACCUCCCUCAAUCACAGAAUCAUUGAAUCCUAGAAUUCUUGGGGUUAGAAGGGACCUUAAAGCCCAUCCAGUCCCACCACAUGGGCAGGGACACCUUCCACUGUCCCAGGUUGCUCCAGUCUCCAUCCAACCUGGCCUUGGACACUUCCAGGGAUGGAGCAGCCACAACUUCCACCACAAUGAGCCUUAACCUCCAUCUGUGAGCUUGAUCCUAUAAAAUUGGUUUUGUUUA